CUCCCCGGCUGGGCUCGGGGGCGCGCACGACAGUUGGAAAUGGCGGUUAGGGCGGAGGAGGGGCUGCGGGGAGCGAGCGUCUCCGUGCUCCUUGUGCUCCGGCACGAGCUCCUUGCUGCGAGACGGGAGCCGGUCGCGCUUUUCUAGGUCGCCACCUCUCGCGUUCCAUUCGUGACAGUCGGUUGCGGGGUUGGGAAAGCAGUGUGGCCGGCCCCGCGGAACAAAGGAGGGUACCGCGGCGAGCUUCCGGACAGCCCGAGGAACGCUCCCUAAGAUGGCGGCCGCCGCGCCGGAGGGUGGGCGGAGCCCGUGUGGCUUCCGUCGCGGGCCUGGGCGGGGCGGUGGAGACGACUGGUACCCAUGGCUGCCGCCCGGGAGCCCCACGAGACGGAGAAAAAGCCCUUCAAGCUCCUAGGUAUUCUAGAUGUUGAGAAUACUCCAUGUGCUCGAGAAUCUAUACUCUAUGGCUCAUUGGGAUCUAUUGUGACUGGACUUGGACAUUUCUUGGUGACCAGUAGAAUUAGAAGAUCAUGUGAUGUUGGAGUAGGAGGAUUUAUCCUGGUGACUUUAGGAUGCUGGUUCCACUGUAGGUAUAAUUUUGCUAAGCAGAGGAUCCAGGAAAGAAUUGCCAGAGAAGGAAUAAAAAAUAAGAUUUUAUAUGAAAGCACCCACCUUGAUCCUGAAAGAAAAAUGAAGAGCAAUAACAGCAGCUAAGCAACUUCAAAACCCAAACAGAACUUGUGAAUCAACCAGAAAUUAAAAAACUCAAGUGUGUGAACUGUAUGUACUGUUGCUUACAUGAAAUCCUUUUGUUCUUCAGUACAGUUUUGUUAGAACUGCCAUGCCAAAAACAUGGGAGUGUAAAACCUUCCUAAGGUCAGCUUAAUUACAUGUUCACAAAUCACCACCAUCAGGCUGGAGGAGAGAUCACAACUGAACAAGGAUAUGUAUCCAUUACUGGCCCCAGGACUGUGUCACGUGCGCCAACCUUGACAAGUUUGCUCCUCGCCUAUCUAUCCUUCAACAGAAAAGGCUGCUUUCCUUUUGACCACCAUGAAGGCCAGGGUGUAGAGACUUUUCUGUUAGUGGUGGACACUGACAAGUUCUUCAUCUGGGAGCAGCCCCAAUUCUAGUCACUGGGUUGAGUUUGUGUGGACAGUAUACAUAUUAUGCUCCUAGCCAUAUCAAUAUGAAAAACCAGAGAUUUGAAUUCCUUCCACCUUUAUCAUGUUGCAGUUAUCUUACCAUGAAAGAGACCUCUCUUGGCUGGUAGCAUCUUCACUACUUACAAUUUCAUUUUCACAGCAGCACAACUGGAUAAAAAGAGUCACAAAGCAUUUAGUCUUCUUCACUUGCAUGGAACAUUCCAUUUCAUAUAUGUUUAUAUAUGUAUAAUUCCAUGAUCACAGAUCCCUUUAAUAUUGUACUUUGACAAUUUCACUGUAAUCUAGCCUACUUCAGUAUCCCAGUGUUGGUAUUACAGAUGUGAACUACUAUGUCCAGCUUAAUUCAACCUUUCAUCCCAUCUACACAAUUAAACUGAGCCUCCUGCACACCAGAAA